AUGAGUUCGCAACGUUAUGAACGGGUAUCUCCAAAUGACGAAGAUACUCCAAUUAGCCCGCAGAUCCCCCGCUCUCCUCCUCCGUCCUUCCGAUCGCAGCCGUCCUCACCGACCCGCCGGCACAGUCCUCGCGCCUCUCAAUCCGGCGUGGAUCAAAAUCUAGCAGAUACCUUUGAUGCGGAUGGAUCGGACAGUGACGAGGACAAUGAUGGUGAUGAUAGACAGAGACUUAUGCGUGGGCAACCUCCUCCGCCACCCACCGAACAAACCAGCACCGAAACAACACCAACGACAGCGGCUCCGACCAGACCCCCCGUAAUUGAGCGAAGGGCAACACAAUUACCCGCCUUUGAACCAACUCGAUCGACUGGCAGAGUAUAUGGAGGAGGGGGGGCAUCUGAUGGUGUAUUCGCGAACCUGAGCGCCAAACCGGAAACUGCAGUUGAGAAGGAGGAACAUCCACCUACCUACGAACAGGCUGCCGCGGAUGCAGCACCCCCGUAUUGGGAGACAACUAUCCUCGCCCCUGGACUCGGUGGCCCCGACGAAGUCUACGUCGAUGGUCUCCCCGUCGGAUCCCUCUUCUCCUUCAUCUGGAACGGCAUGAUAUCGAUGUCCUUCCAACUCGUCGGCUUCCUCCUCACAUACCUUUUACAUACCACCCACGCUGCCAAGAACGGUUCUCGCGCCGGUCUGGGAAUCACCCUCGUCCAAUACGGAUUCUACAUGAAGGGAUCAGACUCCGGCAGUGCGCCUACCAACGGCGCCGAUCCAACAUAUGCACCACCCGCCGAUCCAAAUUCUCACGAUUUCGAUCCGGACCAAGUCCAAGCUGGUAACUCAGGAUCGGAUUCCGGCUCUGGAGGAAUCGGCGAUAUUGCUAGUAGCGAGUGGGUAUCAUAUGCGUUAAUGAUCAUUGGGUGGUUUAUUUUAAUUAGAGCUGUGAGCGAUUUCUUAAGAGCAAGGAGGCACGAGCAACUUGUUUUACAGAGUCCGGAUCGAGGGUUGAAUGUCCCGGUUAUUGCCACUGGGGAGCAAUCUGAGACUGUUGUUUGA